CAAGGCUAACGGAAGAAGAGAGAGAGUACAGCUUUGGGUUGUUAAGGUCAUAAGACUUGUGUGACUCUGAGAUCUUUUUCGCCAAGGCUGUACCCUCUCUCUUCGUCUCUUAGCAUCUUGAUGCAUGCGCAUGGUGUUCCAGCAGUCAAGAUCGAGCUCGUCGUGGACCUGUGCUCUUCCUCGGACGAAGCUCCCACCGCUGACUCGCCUCCUUUGGCUCACAACUCCGAUGUUACCAGAAACCGGCGGCACCUCUGCCACUCGCUCGCCUCGCUCUGCUAUGCCGUUCUUCCACUGCUUCGAGUCUCAACCAAGCUCUCCAAGGAGUUCCGAGUAUCGUCAUCACUGAAAACUUCAAUUUUCAAGCAACCGAACCUCUUGACCCAUAGGGGGUGUUUGAUUCCGAUUCUAGCCGAUUCCUGCUAAAAUAAUCAAGCAAACUUCAUCAACCGGCGCGAUUCUCGUCCGCUUCCAGGGGCAGCAAUUCUCUAGGGCAGCGAUUCUCAAGGUAGCGGCCUCCCAACGUGAAGCGAGAAUCGGGCCAAGGGGUUGCUGGCCCCAAAAUCGCUCCCAAUGCCGCGCUCUGUUCCUCCCUUCUGCAUCCCGCCGCGCUCUCUUCCUUCGCAUCCUCAGCAGAUCCGUCGCCACCCCCCAUGGGCCCCACCCUUCGCCGCCGCAAGCCCCCGCCCCUACCGCCUUCCCCUUCGCCGACCCUCCCCGUGCCGCCGCUCCUCACCUCCAUUGCUGAGGCCACCGGGGAGGACUGCACCGCCGACCUCCCCGAGGAGCUCCUUGCCCUCAUCUUUAGCCUCCUUGGCUCCGGUGACCGCAAGCGCUGCUCCCACAUCCGCUGUCAGAUCCGUCGCCGCCGUGGCUACAAGCGAUUCCCUGGUAAGCUGAAUCAAACACCUUGAUUCUUGAGGUAGCAAUUCUUGAGGCAGUGGAUUCUCAUACUAUCAAGCUGCCUCAAGAAUAGGAGAAGCUGAAUCAAACAACCCCAUAGUGCCCCAGCAAACUAAUUUAGCUCACAACUACAUAUAUUUGGAUCUAUGUAACCUGUCUAAACUCGACAGGUUCACAAACAAAGAAGGAUAGCUAGGCUAGGGGAGACUGGUUCGAUACCAAUCACGCCCUUUAGGGACUAAGUUAUUUUGGGCGCGUUUUUCAAAUUUGAUUAAUCAAAUUGGAAGAGGCUCAUUUUUUUUAUUUUUUCUAACAAAUCUAAGCUCUUGGAUCAACAUCACAUGGCUCAUGUACUUCUUGUUCAGGCGGUGAUUGUUCAUCUUCUUUUCCUCUGUUUUCUUCUUCUCCACGGACUCCCUUGGCCCUACCCUCCAGCCUGCCUCCUCUAUUCUCGGUGUUAUCCCGGCUACUCAGGUUGCGCAUGCCACACUAACCCAGUGGUCGCCACCGUCACCCCUGCCCUUGGCCUUCUCAUCUGACGAUCUAACACGGCCUGUAUGGCUAAUGGCGUAUUCGCUGCCUCAGCUCCCUCCCUUUCUAAGCUCGGUGGCACUUAAAUCGCCUCCCUGCUAGCACCCCUCCCUGAACCGCUAUGUGCUCUCCUAGAUUUUAAGUGAUUGAAAUAUAAGAGGUGUGAUCAAUUAAAAGAUUGUUUCUUACAAGCAAGUUUCAAAUUUCAUGGGUAUUUCAAAAUUAAGAAAGGACAAAGCCGUUCCACGUUUAUAAACCCCACACCUAUUAAGGUACCAUUUGGAUCCGGAGGUAAACUUUGGUUGGCUAAAAAUUAGUCCAUAACGAUUCAAACGGUGGGAUUAAAUGUAGGCUAAAAAUUAGUCAACCUCCAACUAAACUUUAGUUUAUUAGCCCUCCAAACUCAGCUGAUGGGGGCUAAUUUUAGACAAGAAUGGCAAAAGGCAAAAAUACGCUCUCACUAAAAUCUUACCAUUUUCUCUCCAACACCCCAAGGAUAUAAUGGACCUUUUUCAAUAAACAAGUUAAAAAUUAGGUCUGGCUCCAAAUAAGACAUGGCUAAUUUAGCCAACUAUAAGUCUAAUUAGUCAGAGCUAAACUUUAGUUUUAGUCCAUCCAAACGUGUCCUAAGCCCACGCAGCCAGUCAGGUCAAAUUAAGCGACAAGAAUAGGUUUCCUAUGAUCCUAUAAACCUCCAAAUCUACUUAAACCAUGUAUUAUGCUCGAAAGUUAACAAGCAUAUAUAUAAAAUAACGCCUAUGAUCCCUCAAUUUGGGCACAUGUGUGAAUUGAACCGGCAGGACAAGUGCUACCGUCAUUUUGACUCGUGACAUCCACUCUACGAAAGCUCUAACAUAAGCAGUGACGUCAGCGUAAAUACCCACACGGCAGUACGGCACUCACACUCACACUCUGCUCUAUAAAAGCCGUGGCACCUAUCUCUCUGCAAGCCACCUGGCCUCGAGCCUCCAGCGACUGAGCAAGCAAGCGAUCGACCAGUCCUGCCAACGGCCGCCAUUACCAAGAACAGUGGAGAGCUUGCCCCGGCCGGCCAUGGCUGCUGCACCGGUGACGGUGGUCCGGCGCAUGAAGCUGGGGUCGCAGGGGCUUGAGGUCUCGGCGCAGGGCCUGGGCUGCAUGGGCAUGUCCGCCUUCUACGGCCCGCCCAAGCCCGAGCCCGAUAUGAUCGAGCUCAUCCAUCACGCCAUCGCCGCCGGCAUCACCUUCCUCGACACCGCCGACUUCUACGGCCCGCACACCAACGAGCUCCUACUCGGCAAGGCUCUGCAGGGUGGUGUGAGGGAGAAGCUGCAGCUCGCCACCAAGUUCGGCAUCUCGUCCGGUGGCGGGUGGGAGGUUCGCGGCGACCCGGCGUACGUGCGGGCGGCGUGCGAGGGCAGCCUCCGGCGGCUCGGCGUCGGCUGCAUCGACCUCUACUACCAGCUCCGCAUUGACACCACGGUGCCCAUCGAGGUCACGAUGGGUGAGCUCAAGAAGCUAGUGGAGGAAGGAAAGAUAAAGUACAUUGGGCUAUCUGAAGCAUCUGCAUCGACAAUAAGGAGAGCUCAUGGGGUGCAUCCUAUCAGCGCGGUUCAGCUGGAGUGGUCAAUUUGGUCUAGAGAUGUCGAAGAAGAUAUAAUUCCUACCUGCAGAGAACUUGGAAUUGGGAUCGUGGCUUACAGUCCACUAGGCAGAGGGUUCUUAUCUGGUGGGGCAAAACUGAUUGACUCACUAUCAGAGCAGGACGCAAGGAAGAAUUUUCCUAGAUUUCGGCCAGAGAAUCUUGACAAGAAUGCCCAGAUAUUCGAGCGCGUUAAUGCAAUGGCCACAAGAAAAGGAUGCACACCAUCACAACUUGCAUUGGCAUGGGUUCAUCAUCAGGGAAGUGACGUUUGCCCCAUACCUGGCACAACAAAAAUUGAGAAUUUCAACCAGAAUGUUGGAGCACUGUCCGUGAAGCUCACACCACAGGAGAUGGCCGAACUUGAGUCCUACGUUGCUGCUGGCGAUGUCCAGGGUGACCGGUAUCCUCAGAUGGCCAGUACCUGGAAGUAUUGUGAGACGCCUCCGUUGUCCUCUUGGAAAUCUGAGUAGCAAAUUUUGGUAUCUUCAAAUCAGCCUUGUGUCCCGGUUCCAAAUAGUUGGCAUGAAUAAGAAAACCCUGAUUAGGUUUGCAUUGCAAUCACAUCCUUUAGAUCUCCUUGCCUUGUUGCUUAUGCUUACUCAUAAUAGGAGUAAAUAAAGUUGUGUAAUCAUGAAAAGUGUGAGAGCAUUAUGUUUUUUUA